AUGCCCGUGAUCAAUAUUGAGGAUCUGACAGAGAAGGACAAAUUGAAGAUGGAAGUUGAUCAGCUCAAGAAAGAAGUGACACUGGAAAGAAUGCUGGUAUCGAAAUGUUGCGAAGAAGUAAGGGAUUACGUUGAAGAAAGAUCUGGGGAGGAUCCACUAGUAAAGGGUAUCCCGGAGGACAAAAAUCCCUUCAAGGAGUUGAAAGGAGGCUGUGUGAUUUCUUAA